AUGGCGAAUAAUACCUAUCAGAAUGAUUUGGAUGUAAGAUCGUUUCCACUGAGCAAUUCACAGGUUUGUGUUUUACUCGUCUUUGAUUGUCUUCUGUCUCUAGCUAUCACCGUGGGGAAUUUACUGGUGGUGUCGUCUGUUAUAUUGGAGCGGAAACUCCGUACACCGACCAACGCUUUCAUCGCCAGCUUGGCCGUAGCCGACCUGACGGUCGGGCUUAUAGUCAUACCGAUAGACAUCGCUUUCGCCCUGGGCUUUGCGAGUAAUGUCACGCCGAUCGCUUGCCUGGCCAGCAGUAACGUUCUCACUGUGAUGAUCAUAGUGUCGAUACUCCACCUGACGAUCAUCGCCUUCGACAGAUAUCUAGCCAUAACGGACCCUCUAACCUACGUCGUACGGAUGAGUGUCUUUAGAGUGGCUCUCCUGAUAGCCUUAGCUUGGGGAACAGCAAUUGGGAUAUCCUCCAUGCCUCUGUUCGGAUGGAAUAAUUUAAGCAACUACAACCACGAUUACUGUGAUUUAAUGUUCAUCCACGCCCAUAGCUACCGUGCCUUCACGGUCGCUGUCAGCGUCUUCGUCCCGCAGAAUCUAAUGGUGUACUUUUACUUUAAGAUGUUUCGCGUAGCUAAGGGGCACAUGAACCGGAUAGCGGCCCAGGAGCAGACCACAGCGAGACGGCCAACUCUUAGACGGGACGUCAAGGCUGCUAAGACGGUAGCCAUGAUCCUCGGUUUCUUCCUGAUGGCUUGGACUCCAGCAUCCUUAAUCUCAGUCCUGGAUACCUUCAUCCACGUGGAUGACAACCUCCAGAGGACACUUCUCAUCUAUGAGUUGGCCUGCUUCCAUUUAGCCUUCACUAACUCCAUGAUGAACCCAAUAAUCUACUCCUUCCGCAAUAAAGAUUUCCGCCAUGCCUUCAUGAAGUUACUGGGACACCUGUUUCGAUGUAGGUGUUGGAGGAAACGCGUCUUCGCUGCGAGUAAGAAGGCUGAUGCCUCCUGCUUUCCGGAGAUACCAACCAUCAGCAGGACCCAUCAUGACGACCCGGAAGAACUGAAAGACCGAACCGGUUCAUUAAACUCUGACGGCUCUAUUGAGGAACUCACGUAG